AUGUCUUUCGCGACCAACUUCGGAUCGUCCUUGCGGUCAGCAACCGGCACCAGCGCCGUUGCCUCUUCCUCAUCCUCGGCCGUUCGAGCCUUCUCGGUCUCCGCCUCAGCCUCCGCAAAGCCGCGCAAGCAGCGCAACAUGGCCGACCCAAUGGCGCUGCGCAAGAUGGGCAAGUUCAACUACGACGACGUCCCCACGCUCGGUCACGCCAUCCUUCAACGCAAGCGCGAGGUGCUGCAACUAAUGCGCACGGUCGAAUUCGAGAUUCCCAAGCUGUCCGCCUUCCGUCAAUCCUACACCCCACCCAAGCCAUCGCAGUAUCUGCAGUUUCGCUUCCAACACUAUCAGGGGGAGAACCACCCAGCGUCGCGCAAGGUGGUGCUCAACGUCGACGUCGAUGAACUGGUCAAAGCCGGUGCGGUGAAGGACGCCAAGUCGAAGCACAAGCUGCUGCUGCUCGCGGGGACCAGGUUCCAACCAAAGAGCCUGCAGGGCGAAGGGGAUAAGGGGGAGAUCAAGAUCUCUUGCGAGCUGUUCCCCAACGAGAGGCAGAACAUGAAGUGGUGCUCGGAUACCCUGGAUGCGCUGGUGAAGGAGGCCAAUGUCAGGACAAAGGAGGUGGACGAGCUGCCGUUGGAUUUGAGGUCGGCGCUGAUCAGGCAGGACAAGAAGAGGCAUUAUUUGAGGACGGACAGGCCUAGCCUGAAGGACUUCCCCAAGGAGUGGUUGUAG